AUGGGCUUCGACGCCGUCAAAAAGGCCUUUCGUUCCAAACCGGCCAAAGAUCCCAAAGACUACACCCCGGAAGAAUACGACGAACAUGUAAAGAAAUAUGGUCCUCCUCUCAAUAUGACGUCGAGCGAGAUGAGGAAGUCGACCUACUCGCAGGCUGGAGUCUUAGGAGCGGUGACUAUGGCGCUGGGAUCCUGA